GAAUUUAGAGUACUAAUUAUCGCAUGUACGAUUAUGCAUAUAAUUGGUUGGUAUUGGCAAAAAAUAUGAGUUAUUGUUUGCAUAAAUUAUGUGAUAAUAGCUUCAGUAUUAUCACGGACUUUGUCGUUUCCAUUCCAAAUGAUGAUUAUUAUGAAUUAUACGAUAUUUACAAUCCUAAUAAAGAACGAGGUGGUAUACUCAAUAUAACCAGAUACGCAACGUGGAAUAAAGAUACUGGAUUGAACAUAUUUUUAACAAAUGCAAAAAUUUCAAGAAGAUGGAACUUUCACAAAUUGAAAGUCAUUGUAGCUAGUGCUUUAGAAAGAAAACCCGAAAAUAUUCCUUUACUAGAUUAUUUAGAAGAUCACGAUAAUAUUAAUUUAGAAGGUUGGCCUAAAUUUGGUUUUACUUUGGUAAGACUUGUUGCCGAAAUUUUUAAUCUCAGUCUGCAUGUUAAAGCAUUCACGAAAUGGUCGAACUAUACUAAUGGACCUAUGAUGGAUUCUUUGAUCGAAGGAACUGUUGAUAUAGGAUAUCAACCUUCUCUUAUUGUACAUAAAAGACUUGAUUUUGCUAAAGUACUUAUGGAAAUUAUGCCUGCACGGUAA